UCCUUAGCAUAUAAAAGGUCCAUCCCACAGUCAGUGAAGCUCACAUUCCUUCAUCAAGUAGCAGAGUCCAUCCCAGUUUCUUCACACUCUUUUUUCUGAAAAGGCUCUUGAGGAGAUCUCAGAGAGAAGAGCUUUGGAAGAGGCAGAUAUUUUCUUUCUCUUUAACCCCGGCCAUGUCUCUGGGAGGUGAUGUGUGUGUGGUGACGGGAGCCUGUGGAUUCCUGGGAAGGAGGCUGGUGAAGCUGCUGCUGGAGGAAGAGACGAUGGCGGAGAUUCGGAUGUUGGACAAACACGUACAACCUCAAGUUUUACAGACUCUGGAGGAUUGUAGAGGCAGCACACAGCUGAGUGUGUUCGAGGGAGACAUCAGGGACAGUGAUUUUGUGAGGAAAGCCUGUCGAGGUGCGUCAGUCAUCUUCCACACGGCCUCCAUCAUCGACGUCAAUGGAUCAGUGGAGUACAGUGAAAUGUAUGGGGUCAAUGUCAAAGGAACGCAGGUUCUUCUGGAGGCCUGUGUUCAGGAGAACGUGGUGUCCUUAAUCUACACCAGCUCCAUCGAGGUGAUGGGACCAAACCCCAAAGGUGAACCCAUAAUCAACGGCAGCGAGGACACAAUUUAUGACAGUACCUUGAGGUUUUCCUACAGCAAGACCAAAAAUGAGGCAGAGCAGAGAACCCUGCUGGCCCACGGAGAGGUGCUUCAGAACGGAGGCCGACUGGCCACCUGUGCCCUCAGACCUAUGUACAUCUUUGGCGAAGGGUGUCGCUUCCUGCUGGGCCACAUGGACGACGGGAUACGAAACGAGGACGUUCUGUUGAGAAUGUCUCUACCAGAGGCUCGAGUGAAUCCUGUCUACGUGGGAAACGUAGCCGCGGCUCAUCUCCAAGCAGCUCGCGGCCUCAAAGAUCCACAAAAGAGAAAUGUGAUAGGAGGAAAGUUUUUCUUUAUUUCUGAUGACACGCCGCCGGUGAGCUACUCAGACUUCAACCACGUCCUGAUGGCGCCUCUGGGCUUCAACAUUCAAGAGAAACUCCGGCUGCCGCUCUACCUCCUCUACGCGCUCUGUUUCAUUUUGGAGAUCCUGUGCACGAUGAUCCGACCUCUCAUACGUGUCGCCCUGCCGCUGAACCGGCAGCUCCUCACCAUGUUGAACACGCCGUUCACCUUCUCCUAUCAGAAAGCCAAGAGGGAUCUAGGAUACGAGCCCAAGUACAGCUGGGAGGAAGCACGCAAACACACCAUUGAAUGGCUCGCCUCAGAGCUGCCUAAAGAGAGGGAACGAAUUACAGCUAAAUGAUUCAAAGUGGUCAACUGUCUCUCCUCAAAUGUUUAGUCAUAUACAAAGGUUUUAACAAAGAAAGAGCUCAAAUUGACUAUUUAAAUAAGAUUUUUUUCAAACACAACCUUUCCCUAAACUUAACCAAAGUAAUUUGUUGCUUAAACACAGACCUGACCCUGGGUAUUAAUGUGUUAAUGAAUGUGCAGUUUUAUUCAUUUAAUAAAUGUCCUGACCUGAGCUGUAAUGUUAAUCCCAACCAUGUCAUUGAGAAAACUGUUUUGGUAUUUUUUCCCACUUGGAGUCAGGGUUGGACAUUUAAUAAAAAAGAUAUUUCACCAAAAGAUGAAAACAUAAGCAGUAGUCAUUUUAAAAACACAGCGAUGUAAAUAAUGAAUUGCUUGAAUUAUUGCAUAACUAAUGAAUGACACAAUGAUUUAACUCAAAAACGUGUCUUAUCUCCAUGUUAUAUUUUAUUAUCAGAUAAUGAUUAUCAAUACAUAUCAAUACAUAUAUAAAUGUAGAUGCCUUUCAAAUUAGCUGCAAUCUGGUGACCUAGAAAAUAUCCAUCAUGAUUCAUGCAUUUGUUUUUUCUGACAGUUGAACACUUCACAUUCACACAGGAAGAUGAAGCUGAUUAUUAUCAAACUAAUAAGCUGAGAUGGAAACGUGUCGUAGCAUCGCUCAGUGGUUUUCUUUUUGGCACUUGUAUGUUUUUGUUUUUCAGCGCAUUGUUCUCUUCUUUUCUUCCCUUUUCUCAGACCCAACUGACAAAUAUCAUAAUAAAACUAAAUGCAUCACU